AUGGUUCAAAGUUCUCGCAUCGCAAUUAUUGGUGCCGGUUCGGUAGGCACAACUAUCGCCUACGCCAUACUACUACAGAAAAUUUCCUCUGAGAUUUUGUUGGUGGAUAUUAACCAGGAUACUGUCAGAGGUCAAAUACUCGACCUGAGUGAUGCGACUUUUGUCGCAAGUACGCAGAUUCGGGCGGGUACUUAUCAGGAGGCGGGGCAAUGUGAUAUUGUGAUUAUCACUGCGGGAGCGAAGCAGCGUCCGGAAGAGACAAGAAAUAAGUUAAUUGAAAGAAAUUAUGAGAUUUUGAAACAUGUAAUUGGCGCCAUGAAACCUUUUAAUCAAAAUGUUAUCUUGCUGUUAGUCGCGAAUCCGGUUGACGUCUUAACAUUCAUUGCCCAAAAACUCUCUGGUCUACCAAAACAACAAGUAUUUGGUUCCGGCACGUUCCUAGACUCUACAAGACUACGACUAAAAAUGGCCGAAACGCUCAAAAUAGCCGAAAGUGCCGUCCACUGCUACGUCCUCGGCGAACACGGCGACACGCAAAUAAUCGCGUGGAGUUCGGCUCACGUGGGCGGAAAACCACUGAUCGAUUUCCCCGAAAUAAGAAAGCUUGACAAGGAAAAAGUCGCACAAGAAAUUAUCGGCAAGGCGAACGAGAUCAUAAAGUUAAAAGGAUCGACAUAUUUCGGCAUUGCGGGAUGUGUGUCGUCGUUGGUUCAGUGUAUUGUACUUAAUCAGCGGCAUAUAAGGCCACUUAGUACCUUUGUUGAAGAGUAUGGAUGUAUAUUUAGUAUGCCGUGCGUGUUGGGGAAUAAGGGGGUUAACCGGAUUGUUGAUGUAUAUCUUAAUGAUGAAGAGAAGGAAAAAUUGAGAAAAUCGGCAGAGACUUUGAAACGGAUUUGUGAAAAUUAUUAA